AUGGCAGGUUUGGUUUUUCACCGUGGCCCCACCCUGUGGUUUAGACAGUCAUUUAAAAAUAUAAACCUCCUUUCUUACUUUCCGCUUGGAACCGUGGAGGCUGCCGUGGAGAAGAAAAAGAAGGUUCCUGCAGUGCCAGAAACCCUUAAGAAAAAGCGAAGGAAUUUCGCAGAAUUAAGGGUCAAGCGCCUUAGAAAGAAGUUUGCUCAAAAAAUGCUUCAAAAGGCAAGAAGGAAGCUUAUCUAUGAAAAAGCUAAGCACUAUCACAAAGAAUACAGGCAGAUGUACAGAACUGAGAUUCGGAUGGCUCGGAUGGCAAGGAAAGCUGGCAACUUCUAUGUACCCGCAGAACCCAAGCUGGCAUUCGUCAUCAGGAUCAGAGGUAUCAAUGGUGUGAGCCCAAAGGUUCGUAAGGUGUUACAGCUCCUUCGCCAGAUCUUCAAUGGCACCUUUGUUAAACUCAACAAAGCUUCAAUUAACAUGUUGAGGAUUGUGGAACCAUAUAUUGCAUGGGGAUACCCAAACCUGAAGUCUGUCAAUGAACUGAUUUAUAAGCGUGGUUAUGGCAAAAUUGAUAAGAAGCGAAUUGCUCUGACAGACAACACUUUGAUUGCACAAUCUCUUGGUAAAUAUGGUAUCAUCUGCAUGGAGGAUCUGAUUCAUGAGAUCUAUACUGUUGGCAAACACUUCAAGGAAGCAAACAACUUCUUGUGGCCAUUCAAAUUAUCUUCUCCACGAGGUGGAAUGAAGAAAAAGACCACUCAUUUUGUAGAAGGUGGAGAUGCUGGCAACCGGGAAGACCAGAUCAACAGACUUAUCAGAAGAAUGAACUAA